GUUUGUAAUUGUAGCAUGAAGUGGCUGUUUAUAGUAUUCUUCGAAAAUUCAAAAUCUGACGAAUUCAUAAUUUCAGACACCUUCUUCAACUUCUACAAAACUAAAAACAUCAUCACUCUUUUGCCACAAAAGUCACAUUCUCUGUUCAGAGACUUUCUUCUAACUUCAUCAAUCCAUAAUGGUGUACUCCUAUUACACGCCCACCUACUACUCAACCCUCCAUGACUCCAUCACCUCGCUCUGUAAGACCAUUCUCCCUUUCAGCUUCAAGAAACGACCAUUACCUGCGGCAGAACACAAAUUGUCCAAGCUGCAAUCAGACAACCUUAAAUGGCAGCAAGACUCUUUCCACCAGGUCUUAAACUUGAUGGGUCUCCACAAAGAAGGCAUCGUGCCUGAAUCUGAGGUCUCUGCCUUCAGAAUUCACUUGCUAGACACCCUCAUUGUUUCUCCUCCAGAACAAGAACAUCCUGUUAUACUAAGAGACAAGCUUCUCUUUCUCCAGGAACUUCUGUAUGCGAAGUGCAUUUCUGAAGAGGAAUACCAUUCUUCUAAGAGGCCAUUGCUUCAGAGGCUGGCGGCUCAAGGAGCUCAGAUUGAAGCCAGGGACGUGAUAGUGACAAAGACUAAGGAGUCAAAAGAGAAUUUGGAAGAAGAGUGGUCGGUGAUUGACUUGAAGGAUGAGAAAUGCUCUGUGAACAAAGAGAAUUUGGGUUGUAAGAGCAGAUCUAAUCAGGGAUCAUCGAUGAAGCAGAUUAAAGGAGCUGCCUCGGUUUUUGGCUUUGGCAGAGCUGGGAAAAAUGGGACAGAAAAGAGCAUAUUUGAUUCACCUUCUUUGUCUGCAAAAAAUGAAAACCCUUUCUGGGAUGGUCAAACAAAGGGAGCACAGAGUGAAGGAGGUUCAAUUCUUAUGGAGGAAAGUGAGCCUCCAGAAGCAGUUAAGGAGAGUAGUGGUUUGGAGAAGUUAAAGAGGAAACCGUUUAGGUCUUUGUUUCAUAAGGAGCAAAAAGAGACACAUGGUGGUGGUGCUGCUGAGCAAGAUCAAAGAUCAGGGAAAUCAGUCAAAAAGCAAUGGGGGUUUGAAGGAUUCAAGAAAUGGAAGAGAAAUGAGUCAGAAGAUGAGACAUGUUCUUUGUCACAUAAUGAAAGGUCAGAUAAUGAGGCCUUUUCAGGUCCCUUUGCAAAGGGAUUUGGGGAGGGACCUGACACCAAGUUAAUGAAGAAGAAGUUGCAUUCUGAUGGUUCUCCAUCUGAUUUUUUCAUAGAUAAGGUUUUGGGAGACAAGAUAAAAAAGGAGUUGUCUAGAAUUCAAACAGAACUCAGCAGCACAAACCCACAUCUUAAAUUUUCGAAUGAUCAGAUUGAAGCAAUUUCCACCAGAAUUCCAGUGGACAAGGCUGAGUUGAAAAACUACUUUCCCAAAUCUUGGUGUGACCGAUAUGGUGAUGUUGUGCUGGACGUUGUUAAGAAAGAAUUCAAAGACCAUGUUGCGGAAAUGGAGAACAUGCGGAACGUUGCUAGAGAACGACAUAGCAACUCUAGGCGCUGGACAACAACAACAUUUGACAAUGACGAAAACAUUCACCCAAACCCUUUUGGGAACCGUGAAAACUCAGUUCGCAGCAGUAACAUCAAUCCAUUUUCUCAUGGUUUUGCUUAGUUUAGGGUCUGGAUCAUGCUUCCUUUCUACGAAGCUCGUCCGUACAGUAUCCGUUGUAUUUCAGACAAAAAAACCUAUAAUUUGUAACUACUGUCUCUAUUAUCGAUAACCUACUUUCAGCCAAGGCUAUCAAUGUUUCUACUCU